CUGUCCACAGAUUUCGCAGAAAGCAAAGACAAAAUUCAUAACUUCAGUUUCUGAGAUCAGGAAUCCUACGUAACCAAUAUUUCAUAUUAAUCAGUAAAACAAUCAGAAAUUGUGUAGUUCGGUGCAGCACAGAGUCAGAACAGGUUAUGUUACUUUUUGUUUUUAUUAUUUUUGAGCCACACCUGGAUUUGGUGAAACAGCUUUUAUGUUUUGUCUUUACUGUGAUUCUCUCAGGUGAGGUGAAGACACAGAGCUGAGCAGAUUUUUCUCCUCAAUUUGACACCACAGAUUAUGGACUCUACAGGAUGCCAAAAACCUGCAAAGGAACCAAUCACUGACAAGAACGGAGAUGAACCGAAGCCUGGAGACCUGAUUGAGAUUUUCCGUAACGUCUAUGAACACUGGGCUGUGUACGUUGGUGACGGCUACGUCGUCCAUCUGCUGGGACCGGAUGGAAAUUUCUCGUCGAUCAGCACCAUCAACCUUCCAAUGGGGAAGAACAACAUUUUGAAGCAGAAGCUGCUGGAGGUGGUUUCCACAGACGAGUGGCACAUCAACAACAAACUGGACCAGGAGAAGCAGCCGCGCCCCGCCCACAUCAUCGUGGACCAAGCCAACAAACUCGUCGGCACAACUCGAUCGUACAACGUCGUCGAAUACAACUGUGAACAUUUUGCCACUGAGCUGCGCUACGGAGACGCCGAGUCCCAGCAGGUAGAAGAUGCUCUGAAGAUUGGACUUGGUGUGACUGGAGUCUCUUUAGCUUUGGGAGCCGUGAUCGUAGCUUUGCUAGUCUGGAAGACUAACCAGUCAACCAGUAACUGACAGUGAGAAUAUAUUCUGAAUGAUCUAGACACAUUUUAGGUUAUUAAGCUGUUUUAGUUUCAUCCUGACGAUGGAAACAAGUAUCUGAUUUUUAAUGGUCUAUUGGUUACUGCUGCUUUAGGAGUGAUUAGUCAUAGUUGUAAUAAUAAAAAUCAAGUACAUUAAAUAUUUAAUCUUCUUGUUUUAAUUGUAAGGAGUGACUGAGGCUCUAAGUCAACUUAACUCCCACUAAAAAAUCUAUUCAUGUUGCCACUACUGCACCUACCUAUUUUAACCUGCAGGGGGAGCGUAACCUCAUCAGUAAGGUGUACAGCAAUUUGUACAAUUUAGUGAUUUACUGACUCCUAAACUGUCUACAUGUUACUCAGUCAUACGCUGAGAGAUAAUAUGUACUGUGAAGUGUACAACAAUUAUAUAAUCAAUAAAUCAAUAAAUUAUUCUUUAAAAAGCUGA